UCCCUCUCGCAAUGUACCACAGCCCCUCCCUCCUGGGAGCUGGCUCCAUAACUUGAUUUCCCUAAAGGUGUCACAAUCCCUACUGCUCUUUGCUAAAACUACACAGGCCUUCUAGGGUCUGAUGUGGGCAUGAGUGUAGAGAACGGGGGUAUACCAGACCUGGGCCGUCCCAGGCAGGCCCGCUGGACCCUGAUGCUACUCCUGUCCACUGCCAUGUAUGGUGCCCAUGCUCCAUUGCUGGCACUAUGCCAUGUGGACGGCCAAGUGCCCUUCCGCCCCUCUUCAGCUGUGCUGCUGACUGAGCUGACCAAGCUACUGUUGUGCGCCUUCUCCCUCCUGGUGGGUUGGCAAGCGUGGCCCCAGGGGUCCCCACCCUGGCGCCAGGCUGCUCCCUUCGCACUGUCGGCCCUGCUCUAUGGCGCUAACAACAACUUGGUGAUCUAUCUUCAGCGUUACAUGGACCCUAGCACUUACCAGGUACUGAGCAAUCUCAAGAUUGGAAGCACCGCUCUGUUCUACUGCCUUUGCCUCAGACACCGCCUCUCCACACGCCAAGGGUUAGCACUGCUGCUGCUGAUGGCUGCAGGGGCCUGCUAUGCAGCAGGUGGCCUUCAAGACCCCCGGAACACCUUUCCUGGGCCCCUUCCAGCUGCUGCCGCCAGCCCCAUGUCCCUGCAUAUCACUCCACUGGGACUUCUGCUCCUCAUCUUGUACUGCCUCAUCUCAGGUUUGUCAUCUGUGUACACAGAGUUGCUCAUGAAGCGGCAGCGGCUGCCCCUGGCACUUCAGAACCUCUUCCUCUACACUUUUGGUGUGCUUCUGAACCUAGGUCUGCAUGCUGGUGGUGGCCCUGGCCCAGGCCUCCUGGAGGGUUUCUCAGGAUGGGCGGCACUGGUAGUGCUGAGCCAAGCGCUAAACGGACUGCUCAUGUCUGCUGUCAUGAAGCACGGCAGCAGCAUCACACGCCUGUUUGUCGUGUCCUGCUCACUUGUGGUUAAUGCUGUGCUCUCAGCAGCCCUGCUGCGGCUGCAGCUCACAGGCACUUUUUUCCUGGCCACGCUGCUCAUCGGCCUGGCUGUGCACCUCUACUAUGGCAGCCGUUAGCCCCAACCCUAUAGAUUGAGUGCCACCAUCAGAGCUCCCUCCUAGGCCUCCCUUCCCAUCUCCUCAGCAGCCCUGUAACAAGUGCCUUGUGAGGAAAGCUGGGGAAGUGAGAGCAGCCAGUUAGUCUCUGGAGCUGGGUGGAUGAAGGGAGUAUACCUAGCAGAUCUGAAGAGUGGAUUUGGUUAUGGAAACUUUUAAGCACCCCACCAAGUUCUUCUGGUUUAAGGAAUUAAGGUAGCAUCAAUAUCUAGGCCAGACAUGACCCCAUCCCUGAGCAGGCAGGCUCCCUCCCUCAUCCGGCAUGAACACAGUUGCUUUCCUUACCUACUUAGCUACCCCAGCAGACCCACUGCCCCCAGGCCUGGUGCUGGGUAAUUCAGCCCAGCUGUGGUGCAUGAUUCCCUCAUAAGGAAUGUUCGACCCCGCUGCACCCACCAUUCUCAGGCAGGAAGGCCCCCAAAAUAGCCACAGAUUAUACAACCAUCACCUAGACCGUUCUGUCAAUCUCCUCAGUUCCAGCAAUACUUGGAGAUAUCCCCUCUUCUCCCUCCACAGUGCUGCUCCCCAUACCCAGCCUUUGUUCUGGAAACCCCAGAGAUAGCUGGGGUUUGACAUAUCUCAGGGAAUGUUGGCCCUGAGCCCUAUAUUCCUGACCUCUCUGCUCAUCCCAAAUGCUCUCUUGAAGCCCGCUGCCCACUCUAAGGCUCCUAGGAGGGGGUGCCAUCCUCCCCACUUGGGUCCUGCAUCUGACAAGCAGUCUCCCAGCUCCCAAUAGCCUGAGGAAGCUCUACACAGAGUGACCUAGGACCAGGUACAGGAAACUUCUGUAGCUCAAUCAGUGUCUCUAACUGCAUAAGCAAUAAGGUCUUAAUAAAGUGUUCUAGAGUGUAGGGUGGUUCCUACAACCACAGC